GAAAGGAGCAGAAGGCGUCUUGAGACUCUCCGGCUAUUUUUGUCGGGACAAUUUGGUCUCCAGGUUCCUCCUCCUUCUCCUUACGGCCAAAGUUGAGGAUGUGUCUAUAGUUAGCCUCGGAGUCUUGGCCGGCCGGGGGUAUAUAAUCCCACCCCGGGGUCUUCUCCUCCAUGUCACUCCUUCCUUCUUUCCUUCACACCAGGACAAGCAACCCACAACAACCAACGAGAUGGCACCAGCAAAGAAGGCCAAGAGAAAGGCACAGGAAGGAGGAUCCUCCAAUGUCUUGUCCAUGUUUGACCAAACCCAGAUCCAGGAGUUCAAGGAGGCUUUCACAGUCAUUGACCAGAACAGAGACGGCAUCAUCGACAAGGAGGAUCUGAGAGACACAUUCGCAGCUAUGGGCCGCCUGAACGUGAAGAAUGAGGAGCUCGAUGAGAUGGUCAAGGAGGCUUCUGGACCCAUCAACUUCACCGUCUUCCUCACCAUGUUCGGAGAGAAGCUGAAGGGUGCCGAUCCCGAGGACGUCAUCACCGGGGCAUUCAAGGUGCUUGAUCCUGAGGGCAAGGGAUCCAUCAAGAAGCAGUUCCUUGAGGAACUCCUGACCACACAGUGUGACAGGUUCACCGCAGAGGAGAUCAAAAACAUGUGGACCGCCUUCCCCCCUGAUGUGGCCGGCAAUGUAGACUACAAGAACAUCUGCUAUGUCAUCACCCACGGUGAGGACAAGGACCAGGAGUAAAUCGGUCUGAAGGUUCACCCUGCGGGCUGUGCGCCCCGAGACCCGGCGCUGCGCCCCACUGCUGUACAUUGCGUAUUUUGUAAAGUGACCCAUCGACUACAAAACUGUAAUUUAUUCUGUCCGGUGGGACGAAACUAUGGGGGUCCUUUAUCUGCCGCCCCAAUUCUCCUUCUGCCCGACAACCCGUAACCCCCUCCCCCGACUAUUUUCACGUCUUAAGCUGGAAGCGGAAUCCUCAGGGGAAGUUCUCAAUAAAAGUUCAUUUUUAUUC